ACUGACGUGUUCGUCCAAACUUUUUCUUCUCUCGUUUGUCAUCCAACUCCACAGCCAACGCACACCUCAUCAUGACAGGCAUAAUAAUACCGGUAGAAUGAAUCUGUGGGAAAUCUCUUGGACCGAAGCGGCGGGAGGCGCUGCGGCAGGAGCCAUUGCCGAUGGAGUGCUCUAUGGCAUUGACAGUGCCAAAGUUCGCACACAGACGGCUCCCGCGGCUGGUGGGGAAGCAGGCUUUCGCAUUCUCUUUCGCGGCAUGGGUCCCACUAUUUUAUUGGGCAGUGUCCCCGUGUUUGGGAGUUUCUUUAUGCUGUACGCACCCGCCAAAGCCGUCUUGCAAGAACAUCAUGCCGAAGGAUUCCUGCCAUUGGUGUCGUGUGUGUGUGCCGUUCCCGCAACCAUCAUUGGCGUUCCGGCCGAUGUGUUGAAGAAACGACUCGUCUUGGGGUUGGAUGCCAAUGCGGUGACGGCCAUUCGACAUGUGGUGGCACACGAUGGGAUUUACCGAGGGCUCUUUGCCGGGUGGCAUGUCAAUUUGAUUCGAGACAUUCCCUUUGCCGGCGCCAAAAUUGGACUCUACGAAUGGUGUGUCUUCUACUACAAAAAGUACAUUCAAAAGGUCCCCAAAGAGGAAAGGAUUACCAUCGUGGGAUCCAGUAUUUGUGGAGUACUCUCGGGAGUGGGCUGUGCCAUUGUGACGGCUCCCUUGGAUGUGGUCAAUACGCGCAUCAAGGCGGAUUCCACUCUCAGUCAUUCGACAUCCAUUCAGACAGUUACUAUGGAAAUUGUCGAACGGGAAGGACUCCAAGCGCUCUUUCGGGGAGUGGCAUUUCGGUCCUUUGUUCUGGGAGUGGGAAGUUCCAUCUUUUGGCCCAUUCACAGGACGGUCUCUCAUGCACUACAAUCCGCGCCGUGAAAUCCAAAGUUGACGAAAGGAAGAGAAUGGGUGGAGGAGCAAGACAACAAUACACAACGGUUUCUUCCAUGGCAGCGCAAAAAUUGCCCAGCAAUCUCAGCUGGAAGAUUGAUCGUCUUGGCUUCGCUUCAGGUGAUGGGAGACACCAAGGGGUCGAGU